AACCUAUAUCCCUCAAAGAAUCUAUUAUUACGCCGUCUUCUUCAAUAAUUACUUUACAGCAUGCUGUUGAAAUAUCGUCCUGGAUUGACAGAAGUCCAAUAAUCAAUGAAAUUCCAUACAUAUUUAAAUUACUACUUAGAGGCAGUAGAGACGGGUUUUCGGGCGAAAAAUUUCAUAAGCUGUGUGACAAUAUUCCCGGUACUGUAAUUGUUGCAAAAAACAAUAUUACCGAUGAGAUACGUGGCGGUUAUAAUCCUCUUGUCUGGAAAGUUACCGGUAAGAAAAGUGAACGGGCUGCAAUAACUGAUAGUUUCAUUUUCUCUGGAAAUCAGAAUAAAUCUAUUCUGAGCCGUGUAAGUAAUGAAUCAAUGGCAAUCCUUUACGGUAGAAGAUCAAGAGGCCCGUGGUAUGGUAAUGACUUUGGUAUGGAAGAUACAUCUUUUAAUAGGUCAAAAACAUGGCAUUGUGUAAAAGGCUUUUAUCAUAAUAGUAUCGUUAGUGUCACAAAUUCUUCACGGUUUCAUGUAGAUGACUAUGAAGUAUUCCAAGUAAUACAUUUUGUUAAGAUCUAG